UAUCGCAUUUAGCAGCAACGAAAGGGAAGUAAACACGAGGUCUGAUGCGUUCCAUUCGGACGGUAUGUCUGGAGCGAAGUGGCAAUCCUGUUGAACGUGGCGUGUGGUUCCACGAAUAAAGGAGCGUUAACGAAAAAAGAAGACUGAAAUAUGGUUCUAUCGAGAAAUUAUCUCGAAACGAGAAACGAUCUCGAAUUAAUCGCACCCACGAAGAACAACUCAAAUGUAAAAUGUAACGUAGAUAUGAAAGUUACUGUUUCAAACGUGAAGAAAGAUGGCACUCGAAAAGAAAAGGCUUGCAGCAUAUUUAAAUUAUAUGCAUUUUUUUUCAUUAUUAUCAUCACGAUAAUAAAUACAUAUGUAUGUAUAAAUGUAAAAAAAUUUCAAUUACAGGUGGAUAAGUUGCAUUACAACAUCGUUCAACUAGAAAGUCAAUAUGAUAAGUUGCAUUACAACAUCGUUCAACUAGAAAGUCAAUAUGAUAAGCUCAAUCAAAACAAAAAUUGCAAGUGUUUCUAUGAAACAAUACGCUCACACGAUUUUAUUAACGUGACCAAGUCUUCUGACCGUGAGCACUCUAAUUUGUCAGAAGUCAACAAAGAUAACAGCAAAUCUAAUACAUAUUCUAAUCGCACAAAUUCAUCUAUCUGGAAUCAAUCGAUAGAUCACCAGAAUGCUACGAUGAAAAUAAAUUCCAGUACCAAUUUAGAUCGCAUCAUGAAGUCGAUGAUGAAAUCUGAAAAUAAUUCAAUUGUUAAUUUUAAUAAGAUACGAUAUUUCCCACGUAGCCAGAGAGACUUACAGACUUCCACAAAACAAAAUCUCGCGACGAUAAAAGAGGAAAAGACUGAUGUGUGGGAUUCUCAGAAUAUAUCACAAAUUAAAAGAUUACGGAGAAAUAUUGGAAAAGCCAGAAAAGAGAGAAGGAGGCCCAAUCACAGUCGCAGGAAAUUUGAUCCGCUAUUAGCUACAUUUAUUGGUGCAAUACCGGAACAACAUACUAACGACACAGUUAAAAUUGGGCCAUGGAAGAAAAAUAUUAGGACCAAUAACCCUUUUGACUUCACUAAGUUUCAUUUGGCGGAUAACAAAAUGUCGAUUGAAGUUACCAUAAAUGGUUUAUACAUGAUCUCUGUACAGAUAUUUUACUAUGGGGAAUCAAAAAAAUAUUCUUAUUAUGUAUUGUUAAAUUCUGAGGGCGGGUUUAAUACAAAAAGACUCGUCACAUGCGUCACUGCUGCUUGCAAUGUAACUGGGGAAAUAACGUGUCAUACAAGUGUAAUUACCUAUCUGCAAAAAGGUGACAGACUAAGUGUACAACAAAAGGAAAAGGAUAGAUUCAUUAAUUUAAGAGAAGGAUUUAGUCAUAUACAACUUGUGAUGCUUGCCAAGAACGAACGGAAAACAAUAUAGUUAUAAGUUUAAGUGUAUUUGUAAAUCUAUUUUUCUAAUAGGACAACGUUUAAUAUAACGUUUAUAACGUUAAUAAAGCAAUGGUUGUAACUAA